CUCAAAGGGUUCGUCAACAACAGGAGCGGAGAUCAUCGGCCCAAGCCUGACCCGUCGAGAUGCGGCAUCCACAAGUGGGUGCCGAUUGGCUCCGAUGCACGGCGCUCCGGCUGCCGGGCGGAAAGAAACCUCGAACUUUUUUUCACCUGUCCCGCGCCGACGACGACGAGCAUCCGCAAACGCCCCGAGCCAGGCCCAAAGCAACCACGAACAACGCACCUGGAAGCGCGAGAACCAGCAGUCGCCGGAGACCCUUCUCAGUUGGCAACAGCCCCGUCUCGCCCUCAAUUGCAAUAACCGACGACACGUAUCGGCAUCAGUCCGUGCUCUACUAGUUACCCCGCCACGAUGACUUCGAACGCCGUGACGAGCAUUGACCUGACGUCACUGCGCCGGCUCGCGUCCGGCAAGGUGCGCGACCUGUACGAGGUCGACGACGAGACGCUGCUCUUUGUCACGACGGACCGCAUCUCGGCGUACGAUGUCGUCAUGAAGAACGGCAUCCCGGACAAGGGCCUGCUGCUGACCUUCCUGUCGGUGCACUGGUUCAAGGUCCUCGCCGACAAGAUCCCCGGGCUCAAGACCCACUUCCUCUCGACGACGCUGCCGGCCUCGUCGUCGUCCAUCUCGCCCGAGGACGCGGCCACCAUCAAGGGCCGCAGCAUGCACGUCCGCAAGCUCAAGGUGUUCCCCGUCGAGGCCAUCGUGCGCGGCUACGUGACGGGCUCCGCGUGGAAGGAGUACCAGGCCAAGGGCACGGUCCACGGCAUCAAGCUGCCCGCCGGCCUGCGCGAGUGCGACGCCAUCCCCGGGGGGCCCAUCUACACGCCCAGCACCAAGGCGCCCCUCGGCCAGCACGACGAGAACAUCCACCCGGACGAGGCGGCCAAGCUGGUCGGCGACAAGUACGCCAAGACGAUCGAGGACCUCGCGCUGCGCGUCUUCCGCGCGGGCCAGGAGUACGCGGCCGAGCGCGGCAUCAUCAUUGCCGACACCAAGUUCGAGUUUGCACUCGACGACAAGACGGACGAGGUCGUGCUCGUCGACGAGGUGCUCACCUCGGACUCGUCCCGCAUGUGGCCCAAGGACAAGUACGAGCCCGGGCGCGACCAGGAGAGCUUCGACAAGCAGUUCCUGCGCAACUGGCUCACAAAGGAGGGCCUCAAGGGCAAGCCCGACGUCACGGUUCCAGAGGACAUUGCCAAGGCGACGAGCGACAAGUACAGGGAGGUGUUUGAGCGACUGACGGGUCAGACGCUCGAGCAGGCCAUGCAGUCUCUUUAGUGAGCUUGAGGUGUUGCUCUCAAGCGAGGCGCCGGGGGGGG